AUGCCGUUUGGAGAAGGUCCCAGAACAUGUAUUGGAAUGAGAUUCGCCAAGAUGCAAAUAACAGCAGGCCUCCUCACGAUCCUGAGAAAAAUUCGAGUUGAACUGGCACGUGACACCCGUAUGACAGUGGAAUUAGAACCACGCGCGCUGACGACUCAACCUAAACAUGGAAUGAAUUUGAAAUUCGUACAAAGAGAAAUAUCUUGCUGA